UUUUCGAGAACCCAAAAUUUUCUGACUCCAAUUCACCUGUACCAAUUUGACAGAAGGUCUUGCUUUCUGAGAGUGACCAACAACUGUCAGUGAAUAAGUGAUCACGUUUCCUGAACAUGACAUAAUGUCACUCCUACUGCGCCACAUACAGUCUUGACUAUAAAGUGAAGGAAGGAUUGAAGUUCCUUUCAUUCAGCAGUUUGACCAAGAUGACGCCUGCACACUUCGUCUUCUGGCUCACAUGCCUGCUCCUGGUGAACAUGGCUCAGACAAAAAACAUCUCCUCGGCUGUCCGUCAGAAACGCAGCGUUUUGUCAGCUGAAGCUGGAGAGACUUUGACUUUGGAAUGCUUCUAUGAAACCCACGAGGCCGCCAAGUUCAGCUGGUAUAAGCUAACCUUGGGACAAAAACCACGACUCAUUUCCACCAUGUUCAAAUAUGAACAGCAAAUUUUUUACAAUGAAUUUAAAAACAAUCCGCGUUUCAUCCUGGACUCUGGAAAAGGUAAAAACCACCUGAUUAUCACCGAGUUGCAGUUUUCAGACACGGCCACUUACUACUGCUGCAGUGGUUACAUGUACAAUUUUGAAUUUGGAAAUGGCACUACGGUGUUCGUGAAGGAUUCAGACUCGAACAUGCAGACGUUGGUCCAUCAGAUAGAAUCUGAGGCCGUCCAACCGGGAGGUCAUGUGACUCUAACCUGUACAGUAGAAACUGGGAGCUGUGAUGGAGAACAUAGUGUUUACUGGUUCAGGAACAACAGAGAAUCAGUUCCAGGACUCCUUUACAGCCGCAGAGGCAGGAACGACCAGUGUGGAGAGAAAACUCAGGAGCAAACCCGUUCAUGUCUGUACAGCCUGCUGCUGCAGAACCUGACUGGGUCUCAGGCCGGAACCUACUACUGCGCUGUGGCUUCCUGUGGACACGUAGUGUUUGGAAAUGGAACCAAACUGGGCUUUAAAGAUGAGGUGAUUUCUAUGCAUCUUCUUACUGGAGCUUUGGCCUUCAUUUCCUUCUUGAGUUUUUUACAAGCUCUUUUGUUGUUCAGGAUUUAUAAGAGAAAGAACUCCAACACCUCAGAACCUCAUUCCAGAUUCUCCCAUCCUGACACAAGAUCUGCAGAGAGGGAAGACCAAGAGGAAGAAGACCAAGUUGAAGAAGACCUCCAGUACGCAGGUUUGAGGCUCCAGAAGGUUUACACAUCAACAAGACAAGACCAAAGAAAUGAAAUGACUGACUGUGUGUACUCUGCUGUAAAAAAGUAAAACUG